CUUCAUUACCGGAGUACAGUCACUUUUUGUCAUUAGUGUCACUGCUUUGAUGUUGAUUUUUUAACUUGUUAACUUUUCUGUUGUCAAAUUUGAAACUUUUAAACCUGCUUCUAACGUUGGCGCAUAUUGAUAAAAUUUUCUGUAGAUUCCCCAGGGAAAUAUGGAUAACAGAAGACCAAGACACAAAACUGUAGACUCAACGUUUUGUGGACCUUCAACUGAUAGAAAUACUAAUAGACGUGUACUGAACCUCACAACUGCAUCAGUUGGAGAUCCCUCACUUUUAGCACCUUCAAAUGUUACGAUACUCCAAAGUGCAAAAAGUGACGGUAGUAGAGAGUACAACGAGUACCUAGUUGCACAUAUGAAAAAAUUAAUUGUGAAGGAAACUAUAGACAAGCACCAAACAGUUUUGAACAGGCAGCUUCUCUACAGAAACCAAGACUUGAGAAAAAAGAACCAGCAGGUACAUUCAUUAAACAAGGAAAUAGAAUUGCUCGAAAUACAAAACAAUGCUGGUGAAAUUUUGACAUCCUUAGAGAAAUAUGCUACAGAAUGUAAGACUAUCAUUAAUGGAUACAAACUUUACUUUGAGACAUUUUGGAAAUAUUUAAAGGAUGAGUCAGAGAAUGUGAAACUAGAAAAUGUUAAGGUCAUCAACAAUCAAGAGGAAUAUGAUAAACUAAUGAAAGUAUUAGAAAAUUUAAGGAUUGUAACGGAUAAGAUAGUUAAUUCCAAUAGAGAUUUUGAAAAAAUUCAUAAAAUAGCUGAAAGCCUUAGAAUUUAUAAUGAACAAAAGAAUAUUGUAAAAGAAAAGCAGGAACAAACACACAAGAGAUUUAAAAAUAUAUUUUAUGACUUUCUAGAAGAUGUGUCCAACAUGCUUGCUGAAAAAUAUGAAGAAUAGUUGCUUAUGUGUCAUUCAUUUUUUUGUCUUUCUCCAUUGCUUAUUUUAUUAUUAAUUAUUAAUUGUUGUAUUUACUUAAUAAAUGAAACAAAAAUAAAGCUGC